CUCUGUGCUGCCCAUAUGUCAAAGUCUUUGUGCUUUUCAAGACAGCGAGGCGACAGAAGGAAAAAAACAGCUGGAUCCGAGGAUUCCUGCUAGCGGCUCCGCUAGCUCUCUCAUCCCCUCAGACCAGCUUCUUCUCCUCGGCCUUGACUUCGACAAGCUGGUUGUGAGGCUGAUGAUGUGGUGUGAAGAUGGAGGCUCCUGAAUACCUGGACCUGGAUGAGAUCGACUUCUCUGAUGAUUCAGUGUAUUCUGUGACGUCCCUGAAGAGCAUCCCAGAGCUGUCCAGGAGGAGCGAUGGUCAGGCCGAGGAGAGACCAGCUCCAGCCAUCAACUGGAGUCGUGGCGUUUCCUCCCACAGCGGCGGGGGAAUCAAACCCACGGGACUCGCUGAGGUCCACAGUAAGUUCCGGCCAGUGAAGAGGGUCUCCCCUCUCAAACACCAACCGGAGACGACCGACUCGGACUCGGAUGGGAAAGUCCAGGGUCAGGGGCUGGGUCUGGGUCUGGGGGAGCCGGGGGAGGGCAGCAAAGAUGACCCCAGCUCCGACAAGACGACUCAUGCCUCCACCUCCUCCGACAGGCCGGGGGGGAAGGUGAAGGGCCUGGGCGGCAGCGUCGGAGGCGACAACCCUCAGGCGCUGUUCGGAGAGCUGGAGCACUAUGACCUGGACAUGGACGAGAUCCUGGACGUGCCUUACAUCAAGUCCAGUCAGCAGAUGUCCACGCUGCCUCGCGUCCCCCACGACAAGCGCUCGGUGACAGGGAGCAACCUGGGCGGGGGCACGCUGGAGAGGAACCGGGGAGGAGGACUGAAGAGCUCCUCUUUAUCCCACAACGAGCCUCUGAGCCUGGGAAGCAGCAGCUCACAGACUCAGUACUGUGUUCUGUCCCCGGUGAAGUGGUCGGACCUGAGGAAGUCCAAGUCGAUGGAUCCAGACCUGCACCACCUACACCGCUCCCCGGCUGGAGGAGGUUACCAGCCGGAGCUGCUCUCCUCUGGACUCCUCAGCUGCUCGUCCUCCCUCUCUUCUUUCUCUGAUGCAGACAAGCUGCUGUCUGCGCGGGUCUACCCAGACACCCAGACCCAGAGGCCGAGUGUGGAGCCUCCAGGGGGCCCGGGGCUGAUGUUCCCCCUGCCAGGGUGCAGCGUGGGCAGGCAGGAUGGCUCUAAGCCCUGGGCUCCUGGACCAGGAGGAGGAGGAGGUGCAGGAGGAGGUGGUGGGCCCAGGGGGUUUGGAGGAGGUGGAGGAGCGGGAGCAGAGGUGGAUGAGGAGACCAAGAAAAACCAGAACAUCAUCAACAUCGUCAGAGAGGGACAGAUCUCACUGCUGCCUCACCUGGCAGCAGACAACCUGGAGCUGAUCAGAGACGAGGACGGGAACAACCUGCUGCACAUCUCGGCCUCUCAGGGUCACGCUGACUGUCUGCAGCACCUCACCUCUCUGAUGGGAGAGGACGGCCUCAACGAGCGCAACAACCAGCAGCUCACCCCUGCAGGCCUGGGGGUCAAGAACGGUCAUCUGGAGUGUGUGAGGUGGAUGGUGAGUGAAACCGAGGCCAUCGCAGAGCUGAGCUGCACCAGAGAACAUCCCAGUCUGAUCCACUAUGCUGCCCGCUAUGGACAGGAGAAGGUCUUGUUGUGGUUACUUCAGUUCAUGCAGGAACAGGCGAUCUCUCUGGACGAAGUCGACCAGAAUGGAAACACCGCCGUCCAUGUAGCAGCUCAGUACGGACACCUCACCUGUAUACAGACUCUGGUGGAGUACGGCUCCAACGUGACCGUCCAGAACCAGCAGGGGGAGCGGUCCUCCCAGAGCGCCGAGCGGCAGGGACACACUACCUGCGCUCGAUACCUGGUCGUGGUGGAGACCUGCAUGUCGUUGGCCUCGCAGGUUGUUAAACUCACCAAACAGCUCAAUGAACAGGCAACAGAGAGGAUAGCUCUACAGAAACAACUGCAGAGACUGAUGGACCCCAACAAAGCAGAGGGGACGCCCUCCAGAUCACCCAGCUCCCAUCAGCCCUCAGUGGAGGCGUGGCCAGAGAUGAUGUUGACAGCGGAGGGGACUCCGGGUGACGGUCAUUGGUUGGUUCGUCAGGGAGGGGUGGGUCAAGACUCGGUGCUCCGGCAGCUGCUGGGGAAGGACGUGUCCGACACGCUGUGCCCCAGGGAGAGGCUGCCUCCAGCAGGUGGCCUCAGCAGAGAGGGCCCCUGUGGCCCUGGGGCCCCUGGGGGCCGCAGGACGGGGCUGGUGGAGAGGAGAGAGCUCAAACUAGCGAGACUGAAACAGAUCAUGCAGCGCUCUCUCAGUGAAUCCGAUUCAGAUGGGUACCCACCAGAGGAAGGUAAAAAUCAAGGAGCCCAGCCCUCAACCGCUCUGCGACCUGAUAGGCCGUCCCACCUGCCAAUCACAGAGGAGGAGCCGGUGUCAAAUCACCUUCAUUUGAUGAUGAGGAAGCACCUUCCCUCCUCCUCCUCCUCCUCCUCCUCAGCUGAGAGGAAGCAGACGUUUUCUCUCACUGGGUCAAAGUCAGUCGACAGCAUCGGUUACAACCCGUCUCCCACCUCCAGCGACCCCGACGCCACAGACGGAAAAACACCAGACGCCUCCAGCGAUCUCCACGACGCCGCCAACGGCCAGAAGGUUGCCACCAGCCCUAAGAGUGCCCUGAAGUCUCCCUCAUCUCGCAGGAAGACCUCCCAGAACCUCAAACUGAGGGUCACCUUCGACGAGCAGGUCCACAAGAGCUCCACUCAGGAGGCAGAGCCGACCAAAGGGCAUCAUGGGAAGGAGAGGACUCCAACAGGAAGCUCUGAAAGCAAACGGCCGUUUGGGACGUUCCGCUCUAUCAUGGAGACGCUGAGUGGAAACACAAAUCACAACAACAACAACAACAGCAGUGGUGGUCAGUCAGGCUCUGCUGUCAAACUGCCCACCUGUCAAAACUCACCUGGCAGGAAGUCAGAGAGUAAGAGCAGCCCAGGAGGAGCCAAGGGCAAGAGCAAAACCAGUAACGUUUAACCAGCCAGUGCCUACUGAAGAGCAGAGAGCACAUAAUGAACGAACCACGAUCGAGAGCAAACAGCAGGAGGCAGUGAACAUGGGAAAUUUCCAGUCAUAAACCUGAUCUCCAUAUUUUCAUGUUUAGAAUCGGACCUCCUCCUCUGAGUGUCAGAAACACAUCACUGCUGCUGCUGGAAUAAACAGAGCUUACUUUUCUGAGCGGUGGCAGUGACGUCUCUGAUGUUCAUCGAGGAUAAACCUCUAUAAAUGCUCUUAGAAAUUAUACUUCAUGCUAAAUCAUGAGUGAGAUUUCAAACGAUCAACCAUCUUUGGUCAUUUGAAGAUAAGACUAAAGAAGAAACAAGCUACAGCUUGUUUGUUUGGUCCAAACAACAGUGGUGGAAAAGCUGACUCUGCUUAAUUUGUGUGUUUGCUUUGGAUACAGUCACAUCAUCUGGUUACAAGUGGACCAGGUCUCGUAAAUGAGCAGUUUGUUUAUUGGACAGAGUGUUUAUAACCUGUCAUCCUGCCAGUUUAUACAGGAGACUUCAUUUGUUUGCUCACAGUAAAAUAGUAAAAGUCACUUUGCAUAACUACUCAUCCUUUAAGACCGCACACACACUGACAAUAAAAACUGUUUGUUUGAUUCUAGGUUUAAAAAAAAUCUAAUCCAUCAGUGACUAUAAAUUUGUCCAUAAUCCCUAGUUCACAUCACCACCACAGUUAUAGUAAGUAUAUACUAAACAGUCAGUCAGUGAAUCAUUAAAAAAAACUUAACUCAUGGUCCACUUACCAACUCUUUCUGGAGCUUUAACAGGAUCUCAUGGUUUUCAUCAGGGGUCAGCUCCAGAAAAACACAGUGAAUCAACUCAAAUAUGAACUUUACACUCCUAAAGAAUAUUCAGUCAGUUUAAUGUCCGUGAUAACAAACUGAAUUUCCACUCACUACUUCUCUUCUGUCAGUUAACAUAAAGUUUCUCAUGUUCUUUGCCUCAAACGUUUGACUCUUGACAGUUUUAACGAGUGAAAGACACAAAGUGAAACUGUCUGAGCUCUGUGAGUCGCUUAUUUUGUUCAAAUGUAUUCAAUGAUGUUAUUCAGAGACAGGAGUCACUGCAAAGUGACUGAGAAGAACCUGUGUGUUUAACAAGCCUGAAGGAUGUGUUUUUAUGGACAGACUGAAUUAAGACUGAGUAUUAAUCAGUGUCCUGCAGAAACCUCACAUCUCCAUGAUACAGUUUAUUAUGCAUUUUUAGUUUUUUCACAUUGAAUUAGAUUUUGUUUCUGUUCACAAAACCUUCAGAGUUCAGUCGUCCACUAAAACGAACCAAAACUAUCUGGAGGUUAAAGGUUUCUGUUUCUCUGCCACUCUGUUACUGUACUCUGAACUACACUAAAGAUGAACUCAUGAAUUAUUAGUAUUUAUGUUUAUGCACACAGUUAUAUGAUUUGAUUUUUUUUAAAAAUGUGGUUAUAAUCAUGCACGUGGUUAACGUGCACCAGCACAACAAAUAGUUUUAAAACCACUGUAUAUAUACUGUAGUAGUAUUUAAUUUGUUUGUUUUUACAUUAUAUUCCACACUUUUUUUAUUUCCAGUGUUAUUAUCUAUGCAGUAUUUUUGGCAUGAAGUAGACGUUAGUUGUGUGAUGUGUUUUUGAGACGGGGAGGUUUAAGGAUGCACCUUCUACAGCGGCCAACACACAGGCCGAUUAUAUGAACUUUAAGAGAGAGAUGAAGUUGAAACAGAAGUUGAAACUUGUCAUUCCAUUGUAGAGAUUUUACGCAGCUUUCAUGAGAUUGUGAACAUUGACAAACUGACUCAAAGCGUGAAACUUGGAGAACUGAGGCAGUAAUCUGAUGCUCUGAUUAGGUGUUUGAAUUUCUGUGUAGCAAUAUGUGGUGUAUGCUUUGAAAUAUAGCAAACAGCAUGAACAUAUGUAGCAGGAUGGCACCACAUCUGCUGCAUGUGUCAUCAAUGGCAUCACUGAAAGGAGACAGAGAUUUAAUUAGGCUGUCUCCACCUGUUAGUACCACAGAAGGAAAAAACAUUCAGAAAGUAAUAAUUUGGUACUUAGUGAGACACUAUGGACUGCUGAAUGUUUGAUUUAUAUUUCCAAUACCAAUAAUUUUAGUUUAGAAAUACUACUGUUUAAUGGCUGAGAUCCCCUUUGCUCCCUUCUGUAUUUUUCUGAACCUUUGGUGGUGAACAGAGACACUAAAGCCUCACUAGCAGCCCCGAGUGGCUGCAGUGGUUAUUACAACUCACCAUACACUAGGGUUUUUUCCAGUGGAUGGCGCUAGAGGAAAAGUCAGGGUGUUAACUAAAAUUACUAGGAAUUAUCCAACAUUAAUAUUCAAGUCUAAUAUAAUGGAAGUCUGGCCAGAAGUCGUCUCUUUGGUCCAAAGUGUUGGAUGGACCAAUGCCAUUAAAAUCCUAAAAGAACAUGUUUAACAUUUUGGGAAGUUUUCUGUAUUCUAGAGUCUGAUGAAGAGUUUGAUUCGUAUCGUGUGUUUCGUGUACGUUAACCUCUGUGACUUGUUUUAAACCAAACCAAAGACUGGUAGCAAACUGUACAAACUGUCUUAGUGUUCCUUGAAGUCACACCCACUAAUGAGGCAAUAAUCUCCUCCUGCUUCUCAUUUUAGUUUUGUCGAGUGUCACAUUACAGCCUCAGCUCUCUGGUCUGUAGCUUUGGGAGAAACUGGAUCAUAUCUGUCAUGUUUCUGAGGCAUGUUUACAUUAAUACAAAUCCUGUUACUGGUCUGACGCAGCAGAAUAUUUCUAAUCCAACCUUGUCAUCAGUUUGUACAGUCUUUCUUUGACAUUCCUGUGUGUGGUGAGUUCAUGAAUCUGCAGUUUGGAUCAGUGAGAUUCUGCUGUUGCAGUCUUCUCACAUCUAGUUUACAGUGACCUUUCUCCAGUUUACCUUCUUUAGGUUUACACACUCUUUGUGUAGCUGUUGUCAUUCUUGAGUCUGGUCGGCAGGUGAUGGUGGUGGCAGUGCAGCCCAGGAGGAUUUACCCGCAUCUAGUCCACUAGUUCUGAUUUGUUAAAGGAACAGUCCAACAUUUUAGAGCCUUCCCCUGCUGCAGAGGUCUGGACACAAGGACGUCAGUGAGGUCUGACACUGAUGGUGGCUGAUUGUGGCUCACAGUCGGUGUUCUAGUUCAUCCCAGAAGGGUUCAGGACUCUGUGCAGACCUGUCAACAUCCUCCACACCAUUUAUCUAACAGGCUUUAUUCAUAGGGGAUUGUCAUGUUAAAACAGAAACACUGAAGAAUGCAGUUGUCUAAAAUAUUGUAUGCUUCAGUGUUCCUUCAUUGGAACUAAAUACCGUGCAGAUUGACCCAGGUUUGAUUCCCACAUUGGUCACCCCUGCCUGCUUCUAGAUUUGGGCCAAAUCUCUACCAGGUUUUCUGUUGGUAUGAGGUUUAUCUUAGGGUGGGGGUGUUUCACCUGAUUAUUCACCCAAUUUAAUAAUCAUCUGACUGUUGGACAAUCAGCUGGAUUUCUGUCUGAAAUUUUGACCAUCUGCAGUUUGAGCAGUUCCAUGGUCCAGUUUCAGUUAUUAACUGUUGUGAGCGUGCUUUGAUAUUAUUGGAGAGGUAUUUUACAUGUUGCAGAUCUUUGUAGUUUGGAUUGAGACUAAUAGAAAUAAUAGAGAUCAGAUUGUCCACAUCUUCCAGCCAUCUGCAGCUCCAUAUUCUUCUGUUACUUUGGUUGAAUCGCAGAAAGUGAUGAUUCCUCUCCCUUUCUUUGUCAGAAGUGUUUUUUGUAUGUUUCAGCUGAAAAAAGAGGGUGAUCAAAACUUGUAGAGUAAGUUAAUGUAGCAUACAUUAUUGAUAAAAUUAAACAUUGUCUCUUCAGUUGUAAGAGCUUAGUCCAAAUCAGGGGAAACAGCCUAAGAAAAUGUUGGACUGUUCCUUUAGUAACUGGGCCUUAACGGACUCAGAGAGCUGGGUGGAAAGAAAUCAUGUGGGCAUGAUUUAUCAAGUUAAUACUUCACCCUAGUUUUAAGUCUUCCAUUUUUACUUCACUCCCAGCUGAUGUGAGGGAUUGGUACUAACUGGUACCAAGUUAAAUUCCAGUGAUUACAGUAAGCACUUUGGAAAACAUGUAUAUAUAGCAACAGCAAGCAAAUGAACAAUGGCCGAAUAUGGUUUUAAGUUUGGCAACACUUUAUUUUAUGGCUGAAAUGUUUCCUAUAAGUCCCUAGUAGUUUCUGAGGAUAUUUCCUGUAAAGAUCUGUGUAAUUUGAAUAAAAUAUAAACAGUAUUCAGGUGGAUAACUUCCAGUUAAUUCAUUUCUUUUGCUAAGGUGUAACCUCAGUAACAGAAAGUCGUAACUGAAACGUUAAGGAGGUUUUUCACAUUCAUUUAGCAGGUCUGCAUUGUCUCAAAAUAUUGCUCAUUGUCAAACAAUCAGUGUUGUGUCUGUGGGGUUGAAUGUGUUGAUGAGGUUGUUUUUGAGAAGCAGUUUAUUUUUAUUAGAAGUGUCUUCAUCAUACCCACGCCUUCAGGACGAAGGAGAGGAGCUCGACGUUAACGUGGUGUCGUUCACACAGGAGACAAACUGAAUUGUACCUGUUUGACCUGUUGUAUUUUUAAUGAACUGUUCAGAUGGACAGUGUCGCUGCAUCGACUCAGAUGUUUACUCAAUGCAAAAAAAAAUGAAUGAAAUGAGACACAAUAUCAGUGAAUGUUGGAAGAGUUUGUUGUGUUUUUUUUACUAACCAGCGUGUACAGAGACAGACGACUGCUUUUCUGUCCUGUAAUUUAAACUGUUGUGAAGGUUUGAAGACAAACUGAAAUAAACCGUUUCCUUAUUUCUGGA